AUGGUUGUGCGCAUCUACUUUGGCAGCACAAUCAUAUGCACUUUGUGGGAACGUUCCAGCAAGUCCGGCCGGAUCCUCUGCAAGCGAAUGCAAUCGAGCCUACAGAGCUAUAAUAUUCACGUCUCCGCGGCUGCACUACCAUUUUUGCUCAAUUUCACAGCAGGAUCGGCCAAGUGUGUCUACAUCAACGGAUCAAGUUGGGAAACGGGCUUCUUGACCGCCCCACGGGCAACGCUCCCGUGGAUGUCGGAUCUAGAUGCUGCUCUAAUACUGAUGAGUCAAAAGUUAGUCAUGCAUAUGGCCAUCUUUUUGCUGCCGCCAACAUUUACUAAGCCUUGGCAGAUUCAAAUGCGAUCACGGGUUGAUGUGGCAGUACCGGUGCUAUUUUUUUGCGGCCAGACCAUCGCGCACUUGCGCCGACCAAAGAAGCUGAAGCUGCACCAGAACGAAUUCCAGGUUGUUGGUAUGGUCGGUCAGGGCCUCCUCCAAAGCCGAACCAGUCUCCCCAACCUGGACAAGAGGUAUUCGACUUCUUUCAUGCGGGAGCUCCACCCACAUUUCCGCACACUCGUCAGACUUCUCCGCCAGUAUUACGCGCGAAGUCUCGUAGAACUUGAGAUUUCAGUUCCACAAGGGUUCUCUCUGGAAUACCACCUGUCUUCUGCACAUCCUUUCCCCAAACGCUUCCCAUUUCCAGAUGGACUUUCUGGCACAAAGGCUUGCUCAGAGCGGUGCCUCCAAGCAAUUCUUGGAUGGGAUAACUCGCACGACUGGUCGGGUCCAUCCAGUCUUAUGUUCAAUAAGGACUUUCCCCGCAAUCUAAGAACAAGAGUGCACGCUCAUUUCCGGGGUUUUCGCGCGCAUUUAUCACCGUCGGUAUUGCCCAUCGGUUCUUUGAUCGAAUACGAAUAUAAGGAAGAAGAUGUUUUGGAGAUGGACAAGGGAGAAGCGACGUUUUUUUGA